GGGUCAGCUUCCCUUGAGCAUGUACAAGCUUGGUCUUCCCUACUGCUCACCUCUAUCCAGAUUUGACCUGGAAGGCCCCCCAGGCAGCCUGCGACAUGAUCUCCAUCACCGAAUGGCAAAAGAUUGGCAUGGGCACCACCGGCUUUGGCAUCUUCUUCAUCCUCUUCGGAGUACUCCUGUACUUUGACUCCGUGCUUCUGGCCUUUGGAAACCUGCUGUUCCUGACAGGCCUCUCCUUCAUCAUCGGUCUGAGGAAGACUUUCUCCUUCUUCUUCCAGAGACACAAGCUCAAGGGGACCAGCUUCUUCCUGGGAGGUGUGGUCAUUGUGCUCCUGCGCUGGCCCCUUCUGGGCAUGUUACUAGAAACCUAUGGAUUCUUUAAUCUCUUCAAGGGCUUUUUCCCUGUCGCCUUUGGCUUCCUGGGCAAUGCCUUCAACAUCCCCUUCCUGAGUUCGCUGUUCCGAAGGCUACAAGGCACCAGCUCAAUGGUCUGAACAGCAGAGAUGAGCUCUUGGUUCAUCGGUGGAGGGGGAUGAAAAGGAAAUGGGGCGACUCCCUCAGGCCCCCACCCUGCACUGACUCAUUUCCCCGUCACACCCGGACCUCUUCAAGUCCAAAAGGAAGGAUGGGCUGAAUGACUGACCUCAAAUCCCCAAAUCAACUCAAGAGGCCAUCAGGACUGUUGGGAGCAGAGAUCCAGAGCCCCACAGAGAUUGGACUGGGGCUGGUAUCACAUCCCACACUGUAUUUAUGGGAAGAAAAACAAAAAUUAAAUCCCCAAUCUGUGAGUGUG